AUGUUUAUGCGGGCCUCUUCCGCUAUGCGCUUGAGCUCCUGGCUGGGCAGCAGCUAUCGACAGAAUUGCAAAUUCAAUCCCAUCCGAAGGAUCGCCUUCAUCGUACUCGCUAUCGGCGCGAUAUUCAUAGGUCUCUAUGCCGCGCUGCCGAGUAUUUACAGAUUUCGAUUCCAUCUGGGAUACAGCUGGUAUGAUCUAGGAUAUUAUGGCCUCGGUCCGUCACGAACAUACCAAUCCCUCGACGAACAAUCUCCCCUCGUGGAGAUUUCACCAGUUGAUGCAAAAUGCGACCAACGAUAUACCUUUCUGGCCCCACGAGGCGACUCCGUUGAACACCCCGGACCAAUGAUCCUCGACGCGAACGGAGAGCUGGUUUGGAUGAAAUAUAAUUGGGGCACAACUCAAGAUUUCAAGGUCCAGCGUUAUAAAGGGAAAAACUAUUUGACAUACUGGCAAGGAGAUGAAGAAGAUGGAUAUGGACAUGGAUCGUGGUACAUGCUGGAUUCCACCUAUACUCCUAGAUAUAUCGUAUCUCCUGCUGGCGACCUGGACGGCGACCUCCACGAUAUUCAAAUCACCGUAAACGACACUGCUUUACUUUUAAUCUAUGAACCAAUUCCGGCCGAUUUGACUGCGCUUGGGGGGCCGGAGCACGGAUGGCUGUACGAAGGUGUUAUACAAGAAAUCGAUAUUGAGACGGGCGAGCUAUUAUUUGAGUGGCGCUCUUCGAAGACAUACCCUCCCGAAGAUAGCUUUCACCCAUUGAAUGGUCGAGGUUAUGAACGAGAUCUGGGUUACGACUAUUUCCAUUUGAACAGCGUGGACAAGAAUGACGAAGGACACUACCUGAUUUCUGCACGCCACACGCAUACGGUCACUUGUAUCGAUUCUAAUGGCGAAGUGCUUUGGACUUUGGGUGGAAAGCAAAAUUACUUCACCGAUCCGUCCAAUGGUCCUGCGACUGAAAUCGCGUGGCAGCAUGAUGCUCGUUGGCGUGGACCAAACCGAAUAACUUUGUUCAAUAACGAAAUCAACGAUGUCCCCUUCGCGUCAGCGGUGAGCCACGGACUUUCACUUGAACUGGAUGUUCCUAAUCGCUCAGCCAAAGUGGUGACAAGAUACGAUCACCCACAGCGCGUGAUGUCUAUAUCGCAGGGUAACUUGCAAGUCCUGGAUACCGGCAAUGUCCUUGUGGGCUGGGGACACACUGCUUCCUUUACAGAAUUCACUAAGGACGGCGAAGUCGUUUGCAACACAAAUUUCGGCGCAGCAGCUUGGUUCAACUUUGGUCGGAUUGUUUCAUAUCGCGCCUUCAAAGACAGCUGGGUCGGUACACCCAAUACACUUCCUGAUAUAGCUGUCUCGAAGGAUAGUGUGUUCGUCAGUUGGAAUGGUGCGACUGAGGUCGCUGCAUGGGUCCUUGAAGGGUGGGACGGUGACAGUCUUACGGACAUGAUGUUCGUUCCUAUUGGGAAAGUGAAUCGUCUUGGCUUCGAGACCGAGAUUCCUUUGACACCAGAUGUCAACUCUUACUUCCGGGUUGCUGCCGUCAAUUCGAAUGGCGAAGUUCUUGCCUGGACUGAGGUUCAUUCCAGAACCUCGGCUUCUCUAACAGCUUUCUCCAGUAACUUCCACGCUUGGGUUGUUACUAUAAUUAUUGUCUUUUCGGUCGGCUGUCUUCUUUAUGCUAUCUAUCGUGCUGUCCACCGCCGACUGGGCUCACGAAAACCCGAUAUAGGUGCGCUGUACCAGCUUAUUGGGCACGACGAAGAUGAAAACGAUAGAGAACAUGAAAACCUUCCGAUCUAG